AAAAUUUUUUGCAGACAAAAAUUUUUCAAAAAUGUCAGCCAAUUUUCCAUUGCAUGGACAACAAUCAGCGCAACAAUCUUCUUCGUCUCAACAACAUUUUUACAACAGCAACAACAAUAGAAAAAGAAGGGCAGCGCCACCACUGGGUUUAAGAGAGUUGGAAAAAGCGUUGGACAUGACUAAAUUUUGCGAACAAUUGAGACGGUUAAUUGAUCAGCCAAUCAAAAUUCCAAGUACACUUUCAAUGUGUCCUGCUGGUCAAGUAGCUAGAAGUAGACAUGUUCCUGGAAAAGCAAAGAGGGAUCUUUUGUCAGUUGAUGUAUGUGGAGGAUUUUUUUAUUCUUUAUUCCUCUGA